AUGACGGAUUCCGCCGCAGUCAAGGAGGCUGAGGCCUCCAUGGCCAACUUGGUCCUCGAUGAGGUCACCGGCGAGAGGGUGUCCAAGUCGGAACUGAAGAGACGUCAGAAGCAGAGAGAGAAGGAAGCCAAGAAGAAGGAGAAGGAGGCUGCUGCGCCCCCGAAGCCGGAGAAGAAAGUAUCGGCGGAAGAGGAGGAAAGCAAUCUCACUCCGAAUCAAUAUUUUGAAAUCCGAAGCGCACGAAUCAACAAGUUGCGAGAAACCAAGAACCCCGAUCCUUAUCCACACAAGUUCCAGGUCACCGACGACUUGCGGCAAUUCCUCAAGGAAUACGAGGGGCUGGCCAAGGGAGAGCAGAAGCCAGAUGUGACCGUGCGGAUCGCGGGGCGGAUCUACACCAAGCGAGCGUCAGGUCCCAAGCUGAUCUUCUACGAUAUCCGCGCCGAGGGCGUCAAGGUCCAGGUGGUCGCCCAAGCGCAAAACGUGAAGAGCGACGUGCCCUUCGAAGCGCAGCAUGAGCACCUCCGGAGAGGAGAUAUCAUCGGUAUCGUCGGGUUCCCCGGCCGCAGUAACCCCAAGAACCGGCCCGAUGGCGAACUGUCCAUCUUCGCGACCGAAGUCGUCCUGCUGGCGCCUUGCCUGCACGCGAUUCCUUCAGAGCACUACGGCCUGCGCGAUCAGGAGCAGCGGUACCGUCAGCGGUACCUCGACUUGAUCAUGAACGACAAGUCGCGCAAUGUCUUCGUGACCCGACACAAGAUCGUCAGCUACAUCCGUCGCUUCUUCGACAGCCGGGAUUUCAUCGAGGUGGAGACGCCCAUGAUGAACGCCAUCCCCGGUGGCGCGACGGCCAAGCCCUUCAUUACCCACCACAACGAGCUGGACAUGGAUCUCUAUAUGCGGGUGGCGCCUGAGCUGUACCUGAAGAUGCUGAUCGUUGGUGGUCUGGAGCGUGUGUACGAACUUGGUCGCCAGUUCCGGAACGAAGGCAUCGACCUUACCCACAACCCGGAGUUCACGACCUGCGAGUUCUACUGGGCCUACGCCGACGUGUACGAUGUCAUGAACCUCACCGAGGAGCUUAUCUCUGGCCUGGUCAAGCACAUUACGGGUGGAUACGAGACCACCUUCCACACGCAAUCCGGCGAGGUCUACACUAUCAACUGGAAGGCGCCGUGGAGACGGGUUGAGAUGAUCCCGGCCCUCGAGGAGGCCACGGGAGAGAAGUUCCCUCCUGGAGACAAGCUGCACACGGAGGAGGCCCACGAGUUCCUCAAGAACCUGCUGAAGAAGACCGGAGUGGAGUGCCCACCUCCGCUGACCAACGCGAGAAUGCUCGACAAGCUCGUCGGCGAGUUCAUCGAGGAGACCUGCAUCAACCCGACUUUCAUCACGGGACAUCCUCAGAUGAUGUCCCCGCUGGCCAAGUACCACCGCAAGCACGUCGGUCUCUGCGAGCGAUUCGAGGCGUUCGUCUGCAAGAAGGAGAUCGUCAACGCGUACACGGAGUUGAACGACCCGUUCGACCAGCGUCUGCGCUUCGAGGAGCAGGCCCGCCAGAAGUCCCAGGGUGACGACGAGGCGCAGCUGAUUGACGAGAACUUCUGCACCAGUCUGGAAUACGGUCUGCCUCCUACGGGAGGCUGGGGUAUGGGCAUUGACCGUCUGGUCAUGUUCCUGACGGACAACUACAGUAUUAAGGAGGUCCUUGCCUUCCCGUUCAUGAAGGAGGACAAGGACAAGAAGGAAGAGAAGCCUCUUGCGGCGGAGGUGGUUGGCGUCGAGCCCGUUCCUGAGGAGGGAAUCCGUAAGUCGCCCAGUAUAAUAAGUAAAGUCUGA